AUGUCUUCCCUUGUCCAUUCGUCCCCGGCCCUGACCUUUGAGCUCGUGGCUCGAUGCUCUACAACGAGGGCUCGAGCUUCUACUAUCAAACUCCCCCAUGGCCCAGUUCAGCUUCCCAUUUUCAUGCCCGUGGCCACUCAGGCCUCCCUGAAAGGCAUCACCCCGCAGCAGCUCGAGGAGACGGGCUGCGUGCUAUGCCUGAACAACACGUACCACCUUGGCCUGAAGCCGGGCCAGGAAGUCCUCGACGCCAUCGGGGGGGCACACAAGCUUCAGGGCUGGAAUCACAACAUACUCACGGACAGCGGAGGUUUUCAAAUGGUGAGCCUGCUCAAGCUGGCCAAGGUGAUGGAGGAAGGUCUUGACGAUGUCCUCGUCACCACUUGCCCGGACAAGGCGCGCAUGCGGGAAGCAAUGGAACGGAGCACGCAAAACCUCUUCUGCAUCAUCCAGGGGGGGCUAGACCUCGACAUGCGGCGCCUCAGUGGAGGAGAGGCAAAGACCGACUACUGCCGCGUCGUCGCCACGUGCACGGCGCUACUACCGGAACUGAAGCCGCGCUACGUCAUGGGCAUCGGGUACCCUGAAGACCUUGUCGUCAGCGUCGCCCUGGGCGCAGACAUGUUUGACUGCGUGUGGCCGACGCGGACGGCGAGGUUCGGCAACGCCGUCACGAAACACGGGGUGCUGAAUCUUCGAGGCGCCAGGUUUGCAAACGAUUUUGGGCCCAUCGAGUCCGGCUGCGGGUGUGCCUCUUGCAGGACCGGGGAUGGAGGCAUGGGCAUCACGAGGGCCUUUGUGCACCACAACGCAUCCAAGGAGACGAUUGCGGCCCACGUCUUGACCAUUCACAACGUCUGGUAUCAGCUCAACCUGAUGAAGGAAAUCCGGGAGUCGGUCAUCGAGGACAGAUUCCCGGAUUACAUCAGGCACUUCUUCGCGAGCCUGCACGCCAACAAAACGGAUUAUCCAGAAUGGGCAGUCGAGGCUUUGAGGGGCGUGGGUGUAGACCUGAUGUCGGAAUAG